UUUCAAUUCUGGCAGAUUAUCAGUCUACACAGAGAAUGUGCUCACGUGAGAUUAGAUUUUUUGGAAGCUUGAGCAAGUAUGCCAUGAACAUAUUGAUUCGAAUGUUGAUGCAUAAUUCGCAUUUUAAGAAGUCAGCCUACUUUACUUUUUUUGUCACUGCAUUUAAACCGGCUUUUCUUGAAGAGCAUUGACUGUACGGCUACGCCCUGAAGACUGCAGAAGCACACAGCACAGACUGAUCCUUCUUCUAAUGAGUCAGGAUGUAGGCACGAGGAAGUUGACUAGCGUUCAUACUAAAUACGGCAAUAAUAUCUGGCAAUAUCUCACAAUCAAGAGAUGGCAUCAGGUCCCCCACAAACAGAGCUGAGGCUGGUUCUGCUCGGCGGGACAAGAGCAGGACAGAGUGCAGCUGGAAACGCCAUACUGGGCCGCCAGGCUUUCCUUACCCAGACUGCCAGUGAGCCAGCUGUCACUCAGGAAUGUGAGAAGCACAGAGGAACCAUUGCAGGGAGAAGGGUAUCAGUAGUAGUCGCCCAAGACUGGUUAUGCUCAGAGCGCCCCCCGGAGGAGGUGAGGCACCAUGUCUCCUCUUGCGUGGCCCUGUCGGCCCCGGGGCCUCAUGCCUUCCUGCUGUGUGUCCCUGUGGACCGGCCGGCUGACAUGGAGCUGCGGGCCCUGGAGGCCCUGGAGAAGGUUUUUGGCCCCACUGCAGUCAGUGGACACACCCUGGUCCUCUUCACCCACACAGACCAGAUGGUUCUGGGACAACAGCUGGACGAGUACAUCACCACCAGACGCAAAGACCUACUGGAGCUGGUGGUGAUGUGUGGAGACCGCUAUCACUCUCUGGAGCGGAGGAGUAGAGGAGAGAAGGAUGAGAGGAAGAGUGUGGAAGAGCUGCUGGAGAAGGUUGAACAGACCGUAAAAGAGAGCGGGGUGGAGUUCUACAGCUGCCCCCUCUACCAGGAGGCUGAGGCCAGGGUGAGAGAGAAGCAGGCAGAGAUAGUGUGGCAGAGAAGAGGGGGAGAGGAGCUAGAUGAAGAGGUGCCCUCCUCAGCCUCACCUCCAGAGGAAGAGCUAGACGAUGAAGAGAUGGCAAAAGUUAGGGAGGAGGCAGAGAGGAGUGUGCACAACCUGAACAUAGACACCGAUGGUAUUACCUCUCUUUCUCCUGCCUCCUCCUCUCCCACAUUUCUCUCGUCCUUGUGGCAGGGAUUGACAGGGUGGCUGAGGAGGCUGCCCAAGAUGCUGAGGAUGGAGUCUCUGCUGGGGGCUUUCGUUGGCCUGUUUGUAGGUGGGCCCGUUGGGCGGAUGCUGGGGGCCACUGUGGGCUCAGUAGCCACUGAAGUGGGGAGAAGGAAGACACCGAAGACAGAAAAAAACAAAUAAUUGCAAUGGGAUACAUAUCUCCAGUUAUUAACAUUAAAGGGACAUUUCACUGCACUUAUAUUUUAUUGUGCAAUUGGCUUGUAUUUGACCAACGUACAGUCCUCACAAUACUUGUUAUAAUAUUUGUUGUUUCACUGCUGGCAUGCCUAUUUUGACUGGUCAUAUUUUCAAAACCAAUUAUUAUAGAAGGUAUGGUAGGGUUAACUAAAAACUUCAAAUAAAGGGGAAGUUACAUACAUGAUCCACUUGGUGGAGACGUUGACCAAAACAUUGAAGUUGAACAUUAAAUAUUUGAGCUCAACUGAAAACAGAUACCUUACUGCUGAAGGAAAUAUAAUGCCAUUUCUAAGGCAGUUUGUUGUGUCCUGUUUAUGUCACACAGUUGAUACUUUUAAAGCAUACAAUUACACAUUUCCCUCAGACUGAA